UGUUUGUCGGUUGCUUUCAUAUUGAACAAAUCUUGUGUUAAACAGUAUCAUUUGAAUUAUCAUUGUGAUUAUGUUUUCAUUAAUUUGUUUGAUUGUUUGUUUUUCAUCUAUUAGCAGGUGUUACGGAAGUAAUGUAGAUAAGGUGGAUAAUUUUUUCUCAAAGAGCAAACAUACAAAUAAUUGGGCUGUCCUGGUUUGUUCUUCUCGGUAUUGGUUCAAUUAUCGUCAUGUUGCUAAUGUUUUGUCAAUUUAUCGCAGUGUCAAAAGACUUGGUAUCCCUGAUAGCCGAAUAAUUUUAAUGUUAGCUGAUGACAUGGCCUGUAAUCCUCGCAAUACGCGACCUGGAACUGUCUUCAACAACGCUCAUCAUCAAUUAAAUGUCUACGGAGAUGAUGUUGAAGUUGAUUACCGUGGGUAUGAAGUGACUGUUAAAAAUUUUAUCCGUCUAUUGACAGGUCGAGUAGAAGAUGGUACACCUAGAUCAAAACAAUUAUUAACUGAUGAAUCAAGCAAUAUUCUGAUCUACUUAACUGGACAUGGAGGAGAUGGUUUCCUGAAGUUUCAAGACUCUGAGGAAAUUACUAGCGUUGAAUUGGCUGAUGCAUUUGAACAAAUGUGGCAAAAACAAAGAUACAAUGAGAUUCUACUUAUAACAGAAACCUGUCAAGCAGAGUCUAUGGCACAGCAAUUGUACUCUCCCAAUAUAAUAGGAAUUGGUAGCUCAAAAAUUGGUGAAGAUUCACUUUCUCAUCAUGGUGACCCUACAAUUGGAGUUUAUGUUAUCGAUCGUUACACUUAUUAUGCCCUGGAAUUCCUCGAGACGGUUCAUAGUAAUAGUUCCAAAACACUAUCAUCUUUUCUCGAGGUUUGUCCUAAAAAAUAUUGCAUCUCUACUGUAACUGUUCGUAAAGAUCUUUUCCAUCGUGACCCAGCUCAAGUACCACUGACUGAUUUCUUCGGUAGUGUUCCAAAAGUGAAUUUAAUGCCAACUCCUAAAGAUGAAGAUCUAGUUACAUGGUAAAGGUUUACUUUUACUCCACUUAAAUUGUAUAUUUAUUUAAUCACUUAAUGCAACAUCAAUAUGGAUUUCAAAUAUUUACCAUGAUUGUUGGUUCACUCCAGCUUCUAUUAUACUAUUGGCCUUGAUUAGACCAAAAUUAUUAAUCUUGCAAACUUACAUUAGCAACUCUUUUAAUUGUGAUAUUUUUCUAUUAAUUUAUACCAAUCUAUGAUGUUAAUAAACUUUAGCCUCGGAAAUCCCUGUUUUUGGUCUUGAAAUUGGUUUAUAUCAAACAUAAUCAUUGAUUUUAUUGAAUGAAAUAAAAAAUUUUUUGAAAU